AUGGUCCUGGACAUUCAUCAUUACGGAAUUUGCAUGCCGCCGCCGUCCAUCAUGAACUUCUUUCUCAUCUUGGGCUUCUCUGUAGAUUUGCCUCGCAUCACGCGCAUAGUCAAAAACAACUGCCCCGAGUGUCGCUGGAUGGGUGAAAGACAGGAGCCGCAACGACGAGAGAAGAUCGACAUUACUCCUGUUUCGUAUUAUGAGGCAGACUGUGCAGUUUUUCAUGGAGCUGAGUGGAGACGCAGACUAGGACCUCGAGCGCCGAAAAUUGAGGAGUAUGACGUCUUCCGCAGCCCUGUCGCCAUCAGCAAGGCGUUUGACGAAGACCCCGGAUCGAUUGUUCGCAUUUGGCAAAACGGUGAGCCUCGUUGUAAUCUUCGCCGCGCUUCAAAAGUUAAGCCAACACAUCAGCUGAUGGAGCUCGAGGCAGCGUCGCAGAUUUCUGCAACACAGAUUUCGACAUCCGACACCGAGCUUCGAGGGCGAGCGUUGUUCGGAUACGGUGCACUUGGUUCGAAGAUCAAGGAGAACCCUUUCUACGCUCCGAACGCGUCGACCGCGCUUGUUGGGCC